CUCCGCCAGCGCUGGAUAGAGCGAGAGCCGCAGAGCGCGCUCGAUUCUCAGCCUUCCUUACCGAAAAGCCAAGUAUUUCCCUGCCUUUUCUGCCCAACCGCCACCUACCUUGCACUUACUUCUUCUCUAACCCCCAGGAAACCCCUUGACAUUUUUCCUCCUUCCUUAUAGUUUUGUUCUCGGCUUUUAUUCGCAAUCUGAACAACUGGUUUAUGGACUGUUGCUCAUUUGGAUUUGUCCGACAUACGAGGGACCGUGGAUGAGCUGCUUUCGCCAAAACCGGAGAUGGAAUUGCUGAUUAUAUUCCUUUCCUUAUGGAUAUUGCAAUGCAAUUCAGUGGCGAGCGCGGACUCCAUCAUUCACAUCGGUGCCAUAUUCGAGGAGAACGCAGUGAGGGAUGACGAGGUUUUCCAGCUGGCGAUCUCAGACCUCAGUCUCAACGACGACAUUUUGCAGAGCGAGAAAAUCACACACUCCAUCAAACUUGUCGAGGCGAACAACCCUUUCCAGGCGGUCCAGGAAGCCUGUGAGCUGAUGACCCAGGGCAUCCUGGCUCUGGUCACCUCUACGGGCUGUGCCUCGGCCAGCGCCCUCCAAUCCCUGACGGACGCCAUGCACAUCCCGCACCUGUACGUCCAGCGCAGCGGUGAGGGCUCUCCACGCACCGCCUGCCAGCUCAAUCCCAGUCCUGACGGACAGCGCUACACCCUAGCAGCGCGCCCGCCCGUCCACCUCAACGAAGUCAUGCUCACGCUGGUCGGCGAGCUGCGCUGGCAGAAGUUCAUUGUCUUUUAUGACAAUGAGUACGAUAUCCGUGGCCUACAGAGUUUCCUGGACCAGACUUCUCGACAGGGGCUGGACGUGUCUUUACAGAGACUGGACAGGAACAUCAGUAAGGUCUUCUCGAACCUCUUCAACACCAUGAGGACAGAGGAGCUCAACCGCUACAGGGACACGCUGAGACGGGCCAUCCUACUGCUCAGCCCCCGAGGAGCAGAGGCCUUCAUCCAACAGGCUGUUGAAACCAACCUGGCUUCCAAGGACAGUCACUGGGUGUUUGUCAAUGAGGAGAUCAGUGACACAGAGAUAAUGGAGCUGGCCCACAGUGCUUUGGGGAGGAUGACAGUUAUUCGUCAGAUCUUUCCUCUGUGGAGGGACAGCAACGUGCGCUGCAUGAGGAACAACCACCGCAUCUCCUCCCUGCUCUGUGACCCCCAGGAAGGAUACCUACAGUCACUGGAGGUGUCCAACCUGUACCUGUAUGACAGCGUGCUGGCGCUGGCCAAUGCCUUCCACAGGAAGUUGGUGGACAGGAAGUGGCACAGCAUGGCCAGUCUCAACUGCAUCAAGAAGUCCACCAAGCCUUGGAACGGAGGCUGGUCCAUGCUGGAGAACAUCCAGAUGGGACACAUCACAGGUCUCACAGGAACGAUGGAUUUCAAAGCAAAUGGAUCCAAUUCUCAUGUCCAGUUUGAAAUUCUGGGCACCAGCUUCAGCGAGACGUUUGGAAAAGAUGUGAAAAGGCUGGCUACGUGGGACUCAGUCCAUGGUCUGAAUGGCAGCCUGAAGGAGAGUCGCAUUGAGAAUGGCAUGCAAGGAGUGACGGUCAAAGUAGUAACACUACUGGAGGAUCCCUUUGUCAUGGUGGCUGAGAACAUUCUUGGUCAGCCCAAGCGGUACAAAGGCUUCUCCAUCGACGUGCUCGAUGCCUUGGCAAAGAUCCUGGGCUUCAAGUACGAGAUCUACCAGGUCGCUGACAGCAAGUACGGCUCGCAGCUGCCUAAUGGCUCCUGGAAUGGAAUGAUCGGGGAGCUUAUAAACAAAAGAGCUGAUCUGGCCGUGUCAGCCAUUACCAUCACUCCAGAGCGGGAGAGUGCGGUGGACUUCAGUAAGCGCUACAUGGACUACUCUGUGGGGAUCUUGCUGAGGAAACCAGAGGAGAAGAUAAACAUCUUCUCGCUGUUCGCUCCGUUUGACCUGGCCGUGUGGGGGUGUAUCGCUGCAGCCAUUCCCGUGGUGGGAGUUCUCAUCUUCCUGCUAAGCAGGAUGCAGGCACUGAGGACCCAGAAUCCUCCAGUGCCACACCAGCAGCCCGCCACCCAGGCGUCCAACUCCCUGCACAGUGCUAUCUGGAUAGUCUAUGGAGCCUUUGUACAGCAAGGAGGGGACAGUGUGGUGAGCUCUGUGGCCCUGAGGAUCGUCAUGGGCAGCUGGUGGCUCUUCACCCUCAUCGUAUGUUCCUCCUACACGGCCAACCUGGCAGCCUACCUCACCGUCUCCCGCAUGGACAACAACGUACGAACAUUCCAGGACCUGUCCAGGCAGAUGGAUGUGUCCUACGGCACUGUGAGAGACUCGGCCGUCUAUGAAUACUUCAAGAACAAGGGCACCAACCCUCUAGAGCAGGACAGCACAUACGCAGAGCUGUGGAGGACCAUCAGCAAGAACAACGGCCAUGACUACUCUGUGUCCAGUCCCUCAGAGGGCAUCCGCAAGGCGAAGAAGGGCCCGUAUGCCUUCCUAUGGGACAUGGCUGUGGUGGAGUACGCCGCACUGACGGAUGAUGACUGCACCAUCACCGUCACAGGAAACAGCAUGAGCAGCAAAGGCUACGGCAUCGCCAUGCAGCAUGGGAGUCCAUACAGAGACCUCUUCUCCCAGAAGAUCCUGGAGUUGCAGGAAAAAGGGGACCUGGACAUCCUGAAGCAGAAGUGGUGGCCGCGUACAGGCCGCUGUGACCUCAACAGCCACUCCAAUGCCACGCCCGACGGGAGGUCCCUGAAGCUGCACAGCUUCGCCGGGGUCUUCUGUGUCCUGGCCGCCGGACUGCUGCUGGCCUGCCUGGUUGCCGGCCUGGAGAUGUGGUGGAACAGCAACCGCUGCGGGCAAGAGCAGCCCAAAGAGGACAAGGAGGUGAAUCUGGAACAGGUGCAUCGGCGUAUGAACAGUCUUAUGGACGAGGACAUGGCGCACAAGCAGAUCCCUGGCCCGUCUAUCGAGAUCUCUGCGCUGGACAUCGACAGCAUGCAGCCCAGCCGGCAGCUGGAGUCUGUGCGGGACUACCCGGGCACGGGCCUGUCUGUGAGCACCUAUCUCCCGGGGGAGGGCCAUGGGGGGGGCCUGGGUCGGACACUAGCUCAGGGCCCUGGCAGCACACUCCACCACCACCCCCCCAGCAGCUCCACCAUCCCCUCCAUUCAGUGCAAACACAGAGCUCCCAACGGGGGGCUGUUCCGACUGAGUCCCGCCAAGACACCCAUGCCAAUGUCAUACCAGGGAGUUCCCGGAGGACCCAUCCCAGAAGCCAUUGAGCCCACCCACAGUACAUCCAUCUGAUGGUGCCUCAACGUCACAUCUCCUACCCCUCACCUGAUUUUUGUGGGGUAUUAUUGGGGGGAAAAAAUAAAAUAAAAAUAAAAAUAGGGAAAGUGUACAAACAAGAGAAAUAAGAGAUUUUUAUUACCUGUUGAACAACUGACGUCAAAGGAACAGCAAUUUUUUCUUGUAUAUAUUUGUAAAUACUGAGAGAACGAAGUGAAGUAAAAGUGUAUUUUGAAUAUUCUCAAUUUUUGAAGUUGAGUUAUAAAAAAACAAAAUAAGAUUAAAAAAAACAAAAAGAUAAAAAAAUGACUGUUUGAAUGGCUUUGUAAAUGUUGUUCUAUAUGAAUAAUAACGCAAAUUAAUUGUGAUUGUUUUCUAAGUGCCGAAAUAAUGUCUCUCCACAGUUCAUUCUUAGAUUACCAUGCACCAUAGGACAUAAUGUGGAACACCAUCUGUUUUGCACCUCUUUAACAACCUUAUACUUCAGUAUCAGAUGAGAAUAUUCCAAAUAGAUGGAUUCAUUUUGUUUGUAAGACAUAUAUACAUUUGUCAAAAAAACUUCUUUUUUUCUACCUUAAAGUCUUGGUGAAUCAUUGAUUAAGGCUGAAACUGAAAUAAACAUUGUUUCUCAUGAGUUCUACAGAUUUAUGAAAUUAAUGGUAUUUCAUAGAGCUCAAUUUCAGCCCUAUGCUAUCAAAGGAAAAGGGAGAUACAGUCUCAGUCAGCCCCCAACAGCAAAGAAAGGCAGGCCUAGUGGUACUAGUGACGUGUACAGUAUAACAUCAGCCACAUUAGGGGAAUGUUCCAAGGGAACCUUUAACUGACAGAAAUCAUGACUGAAUCAUGUCCCUUCUAGUGUAUGCUACAUGUUUCCUUGAUUGAGUGGGAGGGAUGUUUAAAACAAAACUUGUAUUUUUACAUUUAACAAAAAAAGGCUCAUUUUAGGAAAAGAUAUAUGCAUUCAUUUUGUACUUAAGGAUUUAUUAUUGAAAAGCUGUAUACAGGUUGUCUCCUUUCAGAGCAGUGAAGUCAUUUGAACUGCAGAGGGAGAAAAGUAGAUAUAUAAUAUGGUUAUAUCUCAUAUUUAUCAUUUGUAAUAGAGUAAUUAUCACCAAGGAAGAUGGAAGAUAAAGGAGUGAUAUCAAAAUUAUGAACUAUUAGUGUUGGUAAUAGCAGUUCAGGUGGCAUAUCCUAAUGUCUAAAUACUGAUGGAGCACUGUUCAUAAAACACAUUUUCCCAUCAAUUAACCUGGGCACUUUACAGAGCAGCAGUUUAUAUCACAUUUACAACUGAAGAUGAACUGCAAAACUUUACCAAGACUUUCAUAAGUGCAAUUAAAAUGCAAUUAUGUCCUGCAGUAUACUUCCUGUUUCUGUUUAUUUCCUUUAGCCUGUCAUACUGGAAAACUCAUUGCCAGGAAGUGAGAUAGUGAAUGUCAGUCUCAGUGGAUAUAUUGUGUUGUCGUUCGUCACAUCCUGUAUGCACAAUACAACGUGUACCAGGAGUACUGAUAGGUGAUCUAUACUCAUACUGUUAAAAAGGUUUUCAUUUACUGGAUUAUCCUUACCUCUUGGAAAAUGUAACCAAUUGCCACGCAGAACCUUUGAGGGAAAGCAAAGAACAAUAAUUAAGUGAUGUCAUGAGAAUAAACAGAACUACCAUACCUCAAAGUGAGAGAAUCAUGUUUCGCAUCACCCGUUCUCCGCUCAUGCUUUUCAAACAAAAUUGGCGAGGUUGUAAGCCUGUAUAUUUUGUACAAGUAGUUAAUAAUGUGAACCAAAGUGAUCUCAUUUUACACUGUGUUCUGCAUACAACCUGUGGCUCUAAUCAGCUAACAGUGGUGAAAAGGAAGUCGCACGUUACUGUACUGUAAGGGUUUAGUGUGUUUCACUGCCUUACUGUAUA